AUGAAUGGAGGGGAGCCGCGCUCAGGCCACGCCCCCGGCCCCCGAGGCCCGAGUGCGCCGGCGCACGUCCGCGCGACGAGGCGCGAAGGGCGGGGUUUCCGCUUCCGGGCGGCGGAAUUGUUGACGCUCGCUCGCGGGCGCGCGCGGCCGCCUGAGGAGAAAGCAAGCCGCCCUGACAGGACCGAGCGAGCGGCCGGAAGUGCUGCUGCGGCUACCAUGGCGGAGGGCGCGGAGGAAACCCGAGACGACGGCGGCGGAGGGGACGGCGGCGGGCCUGACGCGGCCGUCCUCAGGGGCGCUGCCGAGGAGCUUCCGGGAGAGCGGGGGAAGCUGAGCGCGCGCGAGUACUCGCGGCAGGUACACGAGUGGCUGUGGCAGGCCUACUGCGGCUACCUCACCUGGCACAGCGGCCUGGCCGCCGUCGGCUACUACAACGUUCCCUUCUACUCGGCGGCAGCGGCGGCGACAGCGGCUGCCGGACCCGUGCCCGGCCCGGCGACGCCCAACGGCCUCGCCACCCCCGCCGCCCCGGGGACGAGGGUCGCCGCCGCCACAGCCGCCCCUUCGCGCAGCCCGAGUGAGACUGGGCGGCAGGCAGGCAGAGAGUAUGUUAUUCCAUCCUUGGCCCACAGAUUUAUGGCAGAGAUGGUGGAUUUCUUUAUUCUCUUCUUUAUAAAAGCAACCAUUGUCUUAAGCAUUAUGCACCUCAGUGGAAUAAAGGAUAUCUCUAAGUUUGCUAUGCACUAUAUAAUAGAAGAAAUAGAUGAAGACACAUCGAUGGAAGACUUGCAGAAAAUGAUGGUUGUAGCUCUUAUAUACAGAUUACUAGUUUGUUUCUAUGAGAUAAUUUGCAUUUGGGGAGCUGGUGGGGCCACCCCAGGGAAGUUCCUGCUCGGUCUUCGAGUCGUGACAUGCGAUACGUCAGUGCUUAUUGCACCAAGUCGGGUUUUAGUGAUUCCUUCCUCAAAUGUUACCAUUACAACGUCCACUAUACGAGCUCUGAUCAAGAAUUUUUCUAUUGCUUCCUUUUUCCCUGCUUUCAUCACACUGCUGUUUUUUCAGCAUAAUCGAACAGCUUAUGACAUUGUAGCAGGAACCAUAGUGGUAAAAAGAAAUGGGGUCAGAUGAUGCCAAGAAGCUCUGAAUUCCGAACUUUGGAAUAAUAACAAGACACAAUUAUGUUUCAAGGCCAUCAGGCUCCCUGAGUUACAUUAAUUGAAUUAGAAAUUAAAGCAGUCCCUCCAGUGUGAUGCAGGUGACUAUCCUGAAAGUAUUGAUUUUACUUGAAUGCCAAAGAACUUUUCCAGAAGAAAAACCUGUUAAAUUCAAGUGUUAAAAGUUUUAGAUCAAAAAGAAGACAGCUGAUUUCAUAAUCAACAGUGGACAAUAUAUACUUUUUAAGAGCUUAAGGCAUUAGAAUUUGUUGGAAGCACUUUUCAACUUUGAAAUCUCCAAAUGAAGCUUCAAAGAUGAAUUUUGGUUUAUCCCAAAAUGAUGGAAAAUGUCCAGUUGUGUUUUGUAAACACAUUACUCAUAUUUUACUUAAAAAUUUUUGGGGAGAUUGUCUUCACUUUGUUGGGGUAUAGGAGUAGGGACACAGAUAGGAUAUCAUCUCCCAUCCCUGGAGGUGAAGUAAGUCAGCCGCAAGAGAAAAGGGGAAAAGAGGCAAGCCUGACGGUUCCCUUACCCCGAAGUUUUUAAGUGUCUACUGCAGUAUAUGUGGGAAUGAUAAACUUUACAACUAUUCUUAAAGCUUAAAAAUGUAUUUGGGGGCAAGUUGUGCAUGACAAUGAAAAAUAUUGUCAUAAUCUAUUAUUGAUUUUCUUUUAGGAAAAGGCAAGUUAGUGAUUGCCUUUAAUGAAGGAAAGCAAAUUUUCACUGUAAGUUUCACUUAAAAUUUAUGUUGCAAGUAUUUUCAGUGCCCUAAAUCAAACUAUAAACAUGUGGGGGAAAAUGACAUCGAACUGUUGCUUAUUUAUUGUAAAACUAUAUUCCCAGUAUGUGUGGCAUGAAGAAAGUAUUAGUGCUUUUCA